AUGUCUCGUGCGUCUAAAAUAACAAUGGCAGCUACCGGGCUGGGCGCUAUUGGCGUUGUGUGCUUUGUGCACUGGGCGCAAGAAAACGAUAGGGCGGCUAUGCACAGGGGAGUUGAGCGAGACAUGGAAAAGCAGCGCAUCCGACACGAACGACAGGCCGAGUUCGAGAUGCAAAAGGCCCUCGAACGGGAAUACCUGAAGUUGCAGACCGUUACAAGCACCACCGAUGAUCCCAAAUCAACAAUACAAAAUCCUAGCCCGGGUACAUGA